AUGUCAUCAGUUCAAAGAAUGAGCUCAGGAACAUCUGACAAAGAACAAAUGACAACACUAUUGGAGAAAAUACGAGCUCUUCUUGGGCUUUAUUGCGUUCUCUCAAUAAUCUCAACGAGACAAUCGCGAAGAAAUCCUCUCGACAUACCCAACAUGGAAACUUAUCUCAAGAUUGUCUCCCAAGCACAGGCAACCCCAUCUGAUCAUUCAAUAGAGUAUGUCGUUCGGUUCGUUCAGAUGGGCGAAAGACUUUCAAGAAGCUUUGGCGAGCCACAUGAGCGUACGCUGUUGAGCCCAUAUGCUGUCCUUCUCGAAGGAACUGGAAGUCGUUUUCGCAACGACCUGAGCCGUCUAGCAGAGUCAGUCCCUAACGGCAAUGUUGAAACUUACGGCCAGACGUUUGAGCUUUACCGUUUGUACCUCCUGGUGCGUCUCUUUGAGCCAGCAAUUAUCGUGGCAUGCCACCCUGAGGAGGGCGUUCCUCAAUUCGUCUAUCUUUUGACAUGCUUAAGCAACUGCCUUGACGCAAUGCAGUCUUUUUUCGACAUUCUUCUUGGCUCGCCCGUUGAUCUGCUAUUGCGCCGUUCAAUACUCACACACGAUCAAAUUCUCUAUGUCAUGUUACAAGCUGCAAAGCUACUUCUCGUUGAGAUUCCUGACUGGGAUACUAAGUCUAUUCGACAGACGUUGGAUCUCACCAACAUACUAGAUCAAAUGGUAUCAUGUUAUGAAGAAGCCACACGAUUGCGCAGGGCAGCGGUGAAACGAGUUGUCUUUUCAACACUCGAGGAAGAGUCCCCGAACGAGAUGACUAGCAUGUUAAAACUAAUAAAGGAAAUACGUUGGCUAAAAUGCUGGCUCGAGUCCAGAUUCAACGGGUCGUGGAGAGAAGUUGGGGAAGAGACAUAUCAGGAUGCACUGAAACCGACUUGGUCUCUAGGACUCUUGGAAGAGAUGCCAUGGAAGAUCUAA